UCGAGCAUCAGUUGAAAGCGCAAAUUGAGGGCUAGCGAAUCAUGUCGUACGUAUCGAACACGUCCGAGUUCACGUUUGUACAAAUGCAAGUGCUGGCCAAGGCCCGAUCCGAUCCGGGCAUUCACAUCAUUCUAACGAACCCCUACGUUUCUCAGGAAGUUUCGAGUGGUGGAGAGGUCACUGUGUGCCGUCUACCACGCGGCAUAGAGAACGGGACAAUCCAAACCCACGUCCUUCGCGUUCCUGACCUGAAAUAUCUGGCCAAAUACCGCUUUCGCAAGGAUGACGGCUUGUACGGAGAUAAUACCGGAGAUUACAUGGAGCAUUAUUGGCAGACAGGAGAGAUAAGGUUCUACCAGCGUAAAGGCACUAACCUCAAACAGAAAACACUGGAAUGCGGAAGUAGCAACAUGAAGGCACCGAUGGUGCGGCAGAUGGACGUGAAGGACAAUGGAGCCAUCAUGGUGUCCUGCAAUGGAGGAACCACGACGGAUGCAGAUUUGCCUAACUUUUGCAGGGAGUUUGUCCUCCAGAGGAUUGACCAGAAGUUUGAUUCUAUGAUGGUCAUGGAGAUCCACGUCUCUUACAAAAGUGACAGAAACAAGGUCUUCAACACGAGCGAAGACUUCCAAAUGCCUGACUUUCCGCUCUCUCCUGGAGCAUACCUUGUCUGGGAGGGCGACGCCUCGGGAACAUUCACUGUCAAGUACAAGGACACGCAGAUCUACAGCGCCACGAGGAACGCAUCGGGACUUCGAUUAGUUAUGGAGAUGUUCAUGACUAGCAUCCUCAUAGGACUGGAGGACGAGGAGCCAGCGUGUGUAGCCAACCCCAAGACUACGGGGGCGGCGAUUAACACCAAACACCCGCUCGUCCUGUCAAGUGGAUUCCACCUGACCAAUUUCAUCAUGCAAACCGGCAGCCGAUGAGAAAAACGAAGGGCAAGGACACACGAGGGCCCCUGAAGCACAGCCAGGCAUAUCUGCAAUCCUCGUGUAUUCUGUACCCUCUGGACAUGUACCACAUCUCCCAAGAGGUCCUUUACCUUACCUUCCUUAUAAGCUUCUUUAUUUCCUUUUUGUUAACAGCCCCUUGCCUGCACGCUUGUCGCAAAGGUGACGGCGAAUGGGAUCUAGUGAAGAGUGCCGGCCAAGAAAGAUAAUAAGGAGGCCUUUGGUACGUGUGACACUAGUACGUGUGGUUUUUGUGUUAAAAUAAAAUGAUUUGGUAGGAGCAGC